AUGAAUUGGAAUACAAGUACAACAAAUUGUUGUUAUUGGGAUGGAGUCUCUUGCAACCACUCCACCGGUGACGUUAUCGGGCUUGAUCUUAGCUGCGGUAUGCUACAAGGUACUCUCCAUCCUAACACCUCCCUCUUCAACCUUCCUCACCUCCAAACACUCAACCUUGCUUUCAAUGAUUUUACUGAUUCCCUACUUCCAAGUAAAAUUGGAAGGCUUUCAAGUACUCUUACACAUCUCAACAUCUCUGUAUGUGGGUUUUCUGGCCAAGUCCCAUCCGACGUCAUGCUUCUUCAUAAAUUGGUCUCUCUUGAUCUCUCUGGAAACUAUUUCCGUCUUGAGCCUCGUGUUUUCAUCAAUCUUCUUCAAAAUCAUACUUCUUUGGAAGAACUUUCACUUGCACAAGUUUAUAUAGUUUCCAUGUUACCUACUCAUCUUAAUAUCUCUUCUUCUUUAAAGUUACUAGAUCUUAGCAGCACUGGAUUGCAAGGAAAUAUACCUCGUUACAUUUUUAGUCUUCAAUCUCUCGAAAAGCUCGACUUGUCUUGGAACGGAUUCACAGGAGAAAUCCCUUGGGAAAUCUCACUUCUUCCAAAACUGGUUUCACUUGAUCUAUCUUUCAAUCAAUAUGAUAAUUUGAGCAUUAAACCUCAUAUCUUCGAAAGUCUUCUCCAAAAUUCUACCCUUCUAAGAUUCCUUCGGCUUCGUGAUGUUAAUAUAGAACACCUUUACUUGUCAGAAAACCAUAACAUCACUGGUCCGCUACCCAAAGUUAAUGAUACCAUCCCUCUCAAGGCAUUAAGUCUCGCAUCCACCAACUUCUUAUUCGGAAAGAUACCUAACUCAAUUGGUAACUUCAAGUCUUUAACUUACCUUGAUCUCUCUUAUUGUAGUCUGACAGGGCCCAUUCCGAAAUUCAUAGGUAACCUAAGGUACCUUACUUUUCUCGAUUUAUCAUCUAACCAACUUAACGGGACAUUGCCAUCUUUCAUCGGUAACCUAAGGAACCUUACUACUCUAGUUUUAUCAUCUAACAAACUUAGCGGGACAUUAUCAUCUUCCAUAUUUUCUCUCUGGUCAUUAGAAAGCUUAUCACUUGAUGACAAUCAAUUUGAUGGCCAGAUUGAUAUGCUUAUGUUUCAACAACUCACCAACCUCGCCGUCCUACGCCUUUCAUAUAAUAAUUUUGGUGGUAGCUGGGAUUUAGAUACAAUCUUAUCGAGCCUCCCAAACAUUUCCACUCUCGAUCUCUCAUACAGUGGUGUAUCUGUAAGCACCAGUAAUGCUACUCAUUAUGACAACCCUAAUGUAUGGUUCUUGAGUCUGGCCUCUUGCAAGAUAAAGGUGUUUCCAGAAUCUGUACGAUCCAUGACAGAUCUUGGACACUUAGAUCUAUCAAGCAACGAAAUCCAUGGCCAGAUUCCUCAUUGGUUAGGGGAGAUGGGAGGUAGUAAGCUGUAUCGUUUGAGCCUAUCACAUAAUUUCAUACAGGGGCCAUUUCAUCCAUCAAUUUGCAAUAUGAGGAAUCUAAUGCAUUUGGAUCUGUCAAAUAAUAGUUUUGAUGGAGUGAUUCCAGAAUGCUUUGGGGAUAUCGUCUCAUCUCUUCAAACGAUUAAUUUGGGGAGAAAUCAUUUUCAAGGAACCAUCCCAAAUGUAUACGAGAAAUGUGGACGGCUAGAAGGGGUUAUUUUGAAUAGAAACCAAUUUGAAGGAGAGGUGCCAAGUUCCUUGUCCAAAUGCCAACACUUGAGAGUACUUGAUAUGGGAAACAACCACUUAAAUGGAACAUUCCCUCACUGGCUAGAAUCUCUUCCAAAUCUACAGGUUCUUGUCCUCAAGUCAAACAGUUUUUAUGGACACAUCAUACCAUCAUCUACAGUUGGAUUGACAUUUCCAUCUCUGCAAGUAAUGGACUUAUCUCACAAUGGGUUUGAAGGCCAACUCCCACGAAAAUAUUUUCAAAAUUUUAAUACCAUGAAGAAAAGUGUAGAAAGGAGCACAACCUCGAAAUAUUUGUACGUGGAUGAGAAGCCUUACUCAUUCGUUGUUACUGUGAAAGGAAAGAUUCCUCAAAGCCUUGCAGACUUGUGGUUCCUUGGGUUCUUAAACCUCUCGCAAAACCAUCUCGUGGGGCUCAUUCCAGUAGGAAAACAGCUCAACACUUUUCAGGAAAACUCAUUUGAAGGGAAUCCGAAUCUCUGUGGGCUUCCAUUGUCCAAAGAGUGCAGUGAUAACCACCUUCAAGAUCCACAACAUGAUGAAAGUGAAGGAGAUGGCGUUGAGGAAAAGAUCAGUGGGCUUACAUGGAUAAUAGUGAUGUUGGGAUACGGUUUUGGGACCCUAUUUGGAUUGGUAAUGGGAUAUCUCAUGUUGUCAACCGGAAGACCAAUGUGGUUUAAUGCAAUUGUUGAUGCAAUGGAACAAAUGAUCAUGAAGAGGCGAGAUAUAUAUAGAAGAUGUGUGGACUCGAACCUUCAAAUAGAUUAUGCAGUUUCAUAUUUCUAG